UGUCUGUCAUACAGGAAACUGUGAGUAUUUGUUUGAUGUACCAUUACACAGGGUUGUCAGCACAAACACUGCCCCCUGUCUCUUGGCUAAAAAAUUGAGGAUCUGUACUAAAAUCACUUCUAUAUGUAUAUAUGUAUGUAUGUAUAAAUGUGUGUUUGUGUGUGCUUGUGAGCAGGGUGUCUAUCCUGGGGGACAACUACAAUUUUUCCACAACUGAUUUCACCCCAGCUGAUGUGUAUAGCUCCAUAAAAGUGUAUCUGAACAGCAGUGAUGGCAGCCCCCGCUGCUAUAACUCCUCAGAUCCUCUUCUGAACUCCACCGCCUGGUUUGCUGACAACAUCGGAUUCUUCAUCACUUUCAUUAACCUCGCUGACCUGCAGUCAUUCCUAACAGGAAACAUGACGAGUGCGUUCCUGCAGAACGCAGAAAAUCUUCAGCUGUUCAACAACUCAGGAAUUUCAGCCAGUGUCCUGGAGUACUACACAACAGAGUUAUACAUCCAGAAUCCUGACUUCAGCCCACUCGGAUUGCCAGCUGAGCUGCUGUGUCGAACUCCUUCCUCCAUGUUUGUUCACCUUGGAGAUGCAGACAUCAAGACCAUCCUGACGAGCAUCAACAACUUCUGCACAGAAAUGAAUCCAGAGGUCACAGCGGUGCUGGUAGCAAAGUUCCCCAAUGUAUCUGCAUCCACCAUCCAAUCUUUGGGCAGCCAGUGUGUGGGCCUGACUGUGGGCCAGAUAAGCUCCACCCCCUCCAGUGUGAUAAACAGUGCUCUGUCUACACUCAGUAACAUCAGUGGCUGGGACCAGGGCCAAGUGAAUGCCCUGAUCCAGAGCAUCAUUAGUGCGGGCUUUAAUAUCAGCAGUGCCUCCUCUCUGGAGUCCCUGGGAACACUCCUCGGUGGCGUUCCCUCUGCAACCAUCUCCAUCAUCCCAUCGUCUCAGCUUCUGUCUUUAUCGCAGAAUCCAGCAUUCAUCAAUAACAUUCUGUCAGCACCAGUUAUUCUGCAAAAGACAUUUGUCCAGAAGGUAAUCUCUGUAGACCAAACUGAAGUGCUACAGAAUGUUCCGGAUGCACUCGUGAUGUAUAUUCCACUUGUUCUACUGACCUCACUGAGCUCUGUUGACGUUUCACUCAUCAAUAACAAGAGCUGGAGUCACGAACAGGCUAUGAUGUUGUUUGGUGCAGUGGCCAAUGCCAGUGAUAAUCCAGAAGACCUGUCAGCAUCAAUACUGCAGGGAUUUACCUGCAGCUCACUUCAGACUCUCCCACAGCAGAAAGCCAAAGAUCUAGUCAAAGCCUGUAGACCACGUGCAGGCAGAGACAAGGUCCUCCUGAAAGAGGCUCAGCUGACCUGCAUGUACAACUACGUGAAAGACGAUCCAUUUGUUAGCUUUACUGACGUCCCCUCUGAUAUGCUUCUGUACUACAGCUAUGAGAAGAUACAGAAGGAGAACUGCCAGUCAUAUUUCAGUGCCGUGGGCAGAGCAGAUUUCUCCGUUCUUUCCCACGGCCUUGACAAAAAGACCAUCCUGUUCAAUGAUGCAAAGGACUGCCUGGGUAUAUCUGGUGUGAGCCUGACCAGUUAUCAGGUGGAGGUUCUGGGGAAUAUGGCCUGCACACUGGACUCCUCCUACAUCCAGAACUCUCACCCUCUCAUGUUGGAGAAACUGAAGAACUGUGGAGAUCUUUCUGAUUCUCAGAUCACUGCUGUACAGUCUUUGCUCCUCAGUGGGAACACCGCUUAUGGUAAUCCCUCAACGUGGAAUGAGCAGACCGUGGAGCAAAUCGGCAUCCUGGCUGUCUAUUUCAAAUCAGACCUCUGCAACGCACUUAGCUUUAAUGUAAGGAGGAAGUUCUUUUCAGUCCUGAGGAAGCAGAAGAUCCCGAUGAAGAAGCUGAGGACAUUCUUUACAGAAUGCAACUCAGAAAGUGCUACAGUGAGCAACAUCACAGCGGUGACAAUUGCAGAUGCGUCGUUUCCUUUCGGCUUUAACUCCACCCAGUUUGAUCUGUAUCUGGACAUCGCUGUCCUGCAGAACAACCUGGCAGCCAUCACUGAGAAAGUGGUGGACACCAGCCUCCAGACCGUCAUUCUGAACAAGUUAAACCAGAUUUACCCAUCAGGCCUCACUGAUGGUGUGCUGCAGCUACUGGGUUCCGCUUCUCGUGUGGCCACUAUUGAUGACAUUAGCAAGUGGAACAUUACCAUAAUUGACACACUGUCUUCUUUGAUAGACUCAAAUGAUGGACUCUGGGAACCAGAAAAGAGUAAAGCAGUUAUUAUGAGGUAUCUGAGCAUGGGGAAUUCCUCUCUGGGAAGUGCCGAAAUAAAUGUAGUUGGUUCCAACAUCUGUACUUUAGACAUCAGUGUACUGGAAAAUAUCACUGCUGAGAGUCUGAAGGAGGUCCUGUCUCCAGAUCUUUCCUCAUGUUCCAUUGAACAGAAAUCUGCUCUGUACAUCAUCGCCAACUCUUCAUUCAGCAAUCAACGCAGCAAUGCCAAAACCUACUACCAACUCAUGAGUCCUUACCUGGGUGGAGCUCCUCUGGAGGACAUACAAGCCCUUUCAACUCAUAACAUCAGCAUGGACAUCACCGUAUUCACUAGUCUGAGCUCUGCUGUUCUUAAGGCCUUGAAUGUGAUCACAGUGCAAGCUCUAAUGGGGGUAAAUGUGGCUGACUUGAAGCUGUUUGAGAACUCUUCAGUGGUUCAGUCCUGGGUGUCACAACAGAACCAGUCUGAUUUAGAUAUGCUGAAUAUUGGCAUCAUCAAAACCAACAGCAAUAAUUAUACCGCCAUCAUCAGUACAACCACUCCUAGUACCAGAACAGCUACUGGCACUGUCAUAUCUAGUGCCACCAAUUUUACUACAAUGACUACAAUUGUCAACAUUCCCGCCACUACCAAAGCCAACCUCACCACCACUGCUUUCCCCACUACAAUUUUCGAAGUCAUCUCUUCUGUUGGAAGAACAGUCAACACAACUGCCACUAUCAACACCAUCCUUACCACCACUGCAUCCCCCACUACAAGUUUCGAAAUCACCCCUUCUAUUGGAACAAAUGUCAACAUGACUGCCACUACCAAUACCAUCCUAACCACCACUGCAUCCCCCACUACAAGUUUUGAAAUCAGCACUUCUGUUGGAACAAAUGUCAACAUGACUGCCACUACCAAUACCAGCCUAACCACCACUGCAUCCCCCACUAAAGGUUUUGAAAUUACCCCUUCUAUUGGAACAAAUCUCAACACGCCUGCCACUACCAAUACCAGCCUAACCACCACUGCUUCCCAUACUACAAGCUUUAAACUCACCCCUUCUAUUGGAACAAAUGUCAACACGCCUGCCACUACCAAUACCAUCCUAACCACCACUGCUUCCCCCACUACAAGUUUUGAAAUCAGCACUUCUGUUGGAACAAAUGUCAACAUGACUGCCACUACCAAUACCAGCCUAACCACCACUGCAUCCCCCACUACAAGUUUUGAAAUCAGCACUUCUGUUGGAACAAAUGUCAACAUGACUGCCACUACCAAUACCAGCCUAACCACCACUGCAUCCCCCACUAAAGGUUUUGAAAUUACCCCUUCUAUUGGAACAAAUCUCAACACGCCUGCCACUACCAAUACCAGCCUAACCACCACUGCUUCCCAUACUACAAGCUUUAAACUCACCCCUUCUAUUGGAACAAAUGUCAACACGCCUGCCACUACCAAUACCAUCCUAACCACCACUGCUUCCCCCACUACAAGUUUUGAAAUCAGCACUUCUGUUGGAACAAAUGUCAACAUGACUGCCACUACCAAUACCAGCCUAACCACCACUGCAUCCCCCACUACAAGUUUUGAAAUCAGCACUUCUGUUGGAACAAAUGUCAACAUGACUGCCACUACCAAUACCAGCCUAACCACCACUGCAUCCCCCACUACAAGUUUUGAAAUCACCCCUUCUAUUGGUACAAAUGUCAACAUGACUGCCACUACCAAUACCAGCCUAACCAACACUGCUUCCCCCACUACAAGUUUUGAAAUUACCCCUUCUAUUGGAACAAAUGUCAACACACUUGCCACUACAAAUACCAGCCUAACCACCACUGCUUCCCAUACUACAAGCUUUAAAAUCACCCCUUCUACUGGAACAAAUGUCAACACACCUGCCACUACCAAUACCAGCCUAACUACCACUGCUUCCCCCACUACAAGUUUUGAAAUCACCCCUUCUAUUGGAACAAAUGUCAACACGCUUGCCACUACCAAUACCAGCCUAACCACCACUGCUUCCCAUACUACAAGCUUUAAACUCACCCCUUCUAUUGGAACAAAUGUCAACACACCUGCCACUACCAAUACCAGCCUAACCACCACUGCUUCCCCCACUACAAGUUUUGAAAUCCCCCCUUCUAUUGGAACAAAUGUCAACACGCUUGUCACUACCAAUACCAGCCUAACCACCACUGCUUCCCAUACUACAAGUUUCAAAAUCACCCCUUCUGUUGGUACAAAUGUCAACAUGACUGCCACUACCAAUACCAGCCUAACUACCACUGCUUCCCCCACUACAAGUUUUGAAAUUACCCCUUCUAUUGGAACAAAUGUCAACACGCUUGCCACUACCAAUACCAGCCUAACCACCACUGCUUCCCAUACUACAAGCUUUAAAAUCACCCCUUCUACUGGAACAAAUGUCAACACACCUGCCACUACCAAUACCAGCCUAACUACCACUGCUUCCCCCACUACAAGUUUUGAAAUUACCCCUUCUAUUGGAACAAAUGUCAACACGCUUGCCACUACCAAUACCAGCCUAACCACCACUGCUUCCCAUACUACAAGCUUUAAACUCACCCCUUCUAUUGGAACAAAUGUCAACACACCUGCCACUACCAAUACCAGCCUAACCACCACUGCUUCCCCCACUACAAGUUUUGAAAUCCCCCCUUCUAUUGGAACAAAUGUCAACACGCUUGCCACUACCAAUACCAGCCUAACCACCACUGCUUCCCAUACUACAAGUUUCAAAAUCACCCCUUCUGUUGGUAAAAAUGUCAACAUGACUGCCACUACCAAUACCAGCCUAACUACCACUGCUUCCCCCACUACAAGUUUUGAAAUUACCCCUUCUAUUGGAACAAAUGUCAACACGCUUGCCACUACCAAUACCAGCCUAACCACCACUGCUUCCCAUACUACAAGCUUUAAAAUCACCCCUUCUACUGGAACAAAUUUCAACACACCUGCCACUACCAAUACCAGCCUAACUACCACUGCUUCCCCCACUACAAGUUUUGAAAUUACACCUUCUAUUGGAACAAAUGUCAACACGCUUGCCACUACCAAUACCAGCCUAACCACCACUGCUUCCCAUACUACAAGCUUUAAACUCACCCCUUCUAUUGGAACAAAUGUCAACACACCUGCCACUACCAAUACCAGCCUAACCACCACUGCUUCCCCCACUACAAGUUUUGAAAUUACCCCUUCUAUUGGAACAAAUGUCAACACGCUUGCCACUACCAAUACCAGCCUAACCACCACUGCUUCCCAUACUACAAGUUUCAAAAUCACCCCUUCUGUUGGUACAAAUGUCAACAUGACUGCCACUACCAAUACGAGCCUAACCACCACUGUUUCUCCCUCUACAAGUAUCAAAAUGACCACUUCAUUUGAAAACAAGUCCAGUGUCACUGUCAACCCAUGUCAAGGUGUAGACAGUCAAGCAAUUGAGACUACGCUCUUGUAUGGAAAUGCUUCUGCAGUACUGUGCAACUUCAGCAUCACUGAAUAUGCCUGUUCAUCAGUUGCUGUUCUGUCCACUGAUGAUCUAGCCAAAGUGCUAACAUGUAAACUGACAGGCAGCAUAAAGUACCCUAAAGAAGUUUGGAAACUUUUCUUCCACAAUUUCCCUGCACCUUUGGAUGAAGCCCUGGACAAGGUUUACAAUGUGACGCUCAGCAGUGUUGAGGCUGACCCAAGUAUACUUGAUGCUAUCGGGGAGGUGAUAAUCAAGGACUUCACUGCAACACAGCUGAAGAAUGCCACUUUUGUCACCUUGUGGUUCCAGAUGAGGCUUAGACCCUUUUUGUCAUCAGUGUCCACAGACUUUCUUUCUAGCCUCAGUUCCAAGAACUUCAGCUGUGAGAGCUACCAAAUUGUGGUGAAGGCUCUUAGUAGUCAAGAGUCACUCAUGAAGGUGGAACAAAAGCAGUCUGUCAUUACUUCUUUCAUCUUUCCCUUUCUCUCCAGAGCUGACCUGCCAGAUCCUGGCUGUGUUUCCAACACUUAUGGCAGCAAUAACUGGCUUGAAAAGAACCUUGGCAAUUUCUCCAAUUAUGCCCCCUUGGAACAGAUUAAAAUUCUAAAUGCAAAUUUCUCCAGUGUUGCAGUGUUAGGCUUACUGUCCAGUGAGCAGAAGGCACAGUUCAUCUUGCAGCCGGAUUCAGGAGUGUUGGGAAAUGCUUCAUUGCUUAGAGAGGUGUUUAGCAGUGUGACAUCUUUAGAUCUGAAUCAACUUGGCAGUUUCUUCACAGCCUUCAGCCACACUGCAAUACAAAUGAACAUGACUAGCAUUCCUUCAGCAAUAUCAGACACCAUUCUGAACAUGACACUCUUGGAUCUGGUGCCUCACUUCCAAAGUUUCAGCCCAGGGGACUUUGCCCUGUGGUUCCAGACUUACCUUUCCUUUUUCCUUCCUGGGAUUGGUCCAAACACCCUGUCGAUCAUCCCCAUGAACAUCAGCUGUGACUCCUACAGAGAGAUAGUGAAAGGACUUGAUAAAGUGUACAGUGACCUCUCUGCAACACAGUCCGACACUGUCUUCAAUUACACACAAGACUAUCUCAAGUACCAGUCCAGCCAAGGCCUGAGCUGCUAUGGCAGAGGAAGCUUCUACAUGUUCCUGAAACAGAUGUUCCUCAAUUUUGGAUUCCCUGACCUGAAAGAUUUCCUGUCUCUGAUCCCAGCUGACCGACAAGCAGAGCUUUUGGGCUCCAUCUCUCCGGAAGAACUCAGCGAGUUUCUGAACAGGCCAAACACAGUCAUUGAUGGUUCUGAGCUCUGCACACUCCUCAACAACUACAAUAGAACCAAUCAAUACCUGGAGAUGGGGUCUGUUUUAUCCUCAGCUUUGGCCAGCCACACGUUGGGGUGUGUGUGGCCUCGUGCUCUCAAUGCCUCGUCUCAGGCUGAUGUAGAACAGUGGUUUAAUGUCACCCUGGUUCACUACCUGCCCUACCUCAGUUCUCAGCUCAUCAGCUCUGCCCAGCUCAGUGGCGCCUCCUGUCUGUCAUACAGGAAACUGUUGUCUAUUCUGGGGGACAACUACAAUUUUUCCACAACUGAUUUCACCCCAGCUGAUGUGUACAGCUCCAUAAAGGUGUAUCUGAAAAGCAGUGAUGGCAGUCCCCACUGCUAUAACUCCUCAGAUCCUCUGUUGAACUCUACUGCCUGGUUUUCUCAUAACAUUGGAUUCUUCAUCACCUUCAUCACCCUCACCGAUCUCCAGUCAUUUAUAUCAGAUAGCAAGAUUGGUGUGUUCCUGGAGAAUUCGGAAAAUCUUCAGUUGUUUAAUAACUCAGAAAUUGCAGCCAGUGUCACAGAAUACUACACAACUCAAUUAUACAUCCAGAAUCCCAACUUUAACCCCCUCAGAUUACCAGGUGGACUUCUCUGUAAAGCUCCUGGCUCUGUGUUUGUUCCUCUUGGAGAUGCAGACUGUCAGACCAUUCUGUCGAGCAUCAACAAAUUCUGCAGUGAAACCAAUCCAGAGAUCACAGCAACACUUGUGGCGAAGUUUUCUACUUUGUCGGCAUCUACAGUUCAGCUGCUUGGCAGCCAGAGUGUUGGCCUGACUGUUGGCCAGAUAAGUUCUGCUCCCUAUAGUGUGAUAAACAGUGCUCUGCCUACACUUAGUAACGUCAGUGGCUGGAACCAGGGCCAAGCAAAUGCCCUCAUCCAGAGCAUCAUUAGUGCAGGCUUAAAUAUUAGCAGUGCCUCCUCUCUGUUAUCUCUGGGCACGCUAAUUGAAGGAGUUCCCUCUGCAACCAUCUCCAGCAUCCCAUCUUCUCAGCUUCUGUCUUUAUCCCAGAAUCCAACAUUCAUCAAUAAUAUUCUGUCAGCACCAGUUAUUCUGCAAGAAACCUAUGUCCAGCAGAUCAUCUCUGUAGACCAGACCAAAGUGAUAGAGAAUGUCCCAGAUGCACUGGUCAUGUAUAUCCCAGUUAUUCUACUGUCAUCUCUGAGCUCUGUUGAGGUUUCACUUGUUAAUAACAAGAGCUGGAGUCAUGAACAGGCUUUGAUGUUUUUUGGUGCAGUGACCAGUGCCAGUGAUAAUCCAGAAAAUCUGUCAGCAUCAAUACUGCAGGGAUUCACCUGCAGCUCAGUUCAGACUCUCCCACGGCAGAAAAUCAAAGAUCUGGUGAAAGCCUGUAGACCACGUGAAGGCAGAGACAAGGUCCUCCUGAAAGAGGCUCAGCUGACCUGCAUGUACAACAACAUGAAAGAAGACUCUGAGAACUUCACUGACGUCCCUUCUGACAUGCUCCUCUACUACAGCUAUGACAAAGUGAAGCAUGGGAAUUGCAGAUCAUAUUUCACUGCUUUGGGAAGAGCAGAUUUCUUUGUUCCUUCAAGUGUCCUCAAUAAAGCAGCCACCCUGUUCAACAAUGCACGGGAAUGCCUGGGUAUAUCUGGUGUGAGUCUGACCAGGGAUCAGGUGGAGGUUCUAGGGAAUAUGGCCUGCACACUGGACUCCUCCUACAUCCAGAACUCUCACCCUCUCAUUUUGGAGAAACUGAAGAACUGUGGAGAUCUUUCUGACUCUCAGAUCACUGCUAUACAGUCACUACUCCUCAGUGGAAACACCACUUAUGGUAAUCCUUUAAAGUGGAAUGCGCAGACUCUGGAACAACUGAGUAUCCUGCCUCUCUAUUUCAAAUCAGACUUCUGGGGACAGUUCAGCUCUGAUCUAAAAAAUAUGUUUUUGAAGAAAUUCAUGCCUUUCCUGAGGAAUCAAAAGACUCCGAUACAGAAACUGAGGAAAUUUUUUAUGGAAUGCAACUCCAAAGUGUCCAGAGUCCAUCGUGCUGCAGUAUGCACCACUGGCAACAUCACAGCUGUGACAAUUGCAGACGCAUCAUUUCCUGUGGGAUAUGACUCCACUCAGUUUGAUUUGUGUUUGAAUAUCACUGUCCUGCAAGACAACCUGGCACCCAUCACUGAGAAAGUGGUGGACACCAGUUUCCAGACUGUCAUUCUAAACAAGUUAAACCAGAUCUACCCAUCAGGCCUUAAUGACAGUGUGCUACAGCUCCUGGGCCCUACGUCUCGUGUGGCUACGAUUGAUGACAUCAGCAAGUGGAAAAUAACAAUAACUGACACACUGUCCUCUUUGAUGAACUCAAAUAAUGGAAACUGGGCACCAGAGAUGAGUAAUGCAGUGAUUACAAGGUAUCUGAGCGUGGCUAAUCACACUCUGGGAACUGCUGAAAUAAAUGCAGUUGGUUCCAAUAUCUGUUCUUUGGAUGUCAGUGUACUGGAAAAUAUCACUUCUGAGAACUUGAAGAAUGCAAACACUCUGGAUCUGUCCUCAUGUUCCAUUCAACAGAAGUCUGCUCUGUACACCAUUGGCAACUCCUCAUUCAGCAGACAACGCAGCAAUGCCAGGACAUAUUACCAACUCAUCAGGCCUUACCUGGGUGGUGCUCCUGUACAAGAUAUACAAUCUCUUUCUACCAAGAAUGUCAACAUGGACAUCACCACCUUCAUGAAUUUAAACCCUGCGGUUAUCAUGGUCUUAAAUGUGAGCACAGUGCAAGGUCUACUUGGGGUGAAUUUGGUUGAUCUGAAGCUGUUUGAGAAGUCCUCAGUGGUUCAGUCCUGGGUGGCUCAGCAGUACCAGUCUGAUUUGAACACCCUGAACAUUGGCCUAGUUGGGGGCAAAAUCCCCCCUGUGACAUCUCAAUCAACAAUCACUACUGUCACCACCAGCCAGACAAACCAAACGACUUCUGCCAAUACCACAGCUCAGGUGUCGGGUGCAUCUAGGUUUCAUGCUGGAGCACCAUUCCUCCUUCUGUGUGUAGGACUCUUGACUCUCACACACACUCUUCACACAACAUAACAUCAACAUUUAACUACUAUCACUAAUUUAUAUAAUCACAUCUAAUUGCUGUUAUUCAGCAUGUAGUCUGUUGUCAUAAUUAAUUAUUAUUAUAGAUUUUAUUACCAACAUUUUUCUGAUACAUAUUCUGUAGAUGUUUGUUUAUGAUGUUUCCCUAUGUUUCUGCAUAUGAGGUCUAUUAGUUUGAAUACAAAUUUUGGGGUAUAACUAAUCUAAUGUAAUUUUUAUUCUUUAAACAAUUAAUCUUUUGAAUAAUCUAUAACCUUUGUUUCUUUCAAUAUGGUUUUAAUCUAGGUAUAUAUGUUGUAAUCAAUGCAAAAUUGUCUUAAUCUUCAAAAUCACAAUUAGCCUUUGUCCUAUAUUUUUUGAAUAUGAUUAUAGUUUAUUUUCUAAAAUAUCUACUGAUACAAGAUUUUGUGUCAUUAUUAGGUUUAGUAAUGUUUGUUCUUUAUAUCAAACCUCUGUUCCAUUAGAAAUGUUGUUCUUUUGUUCCAUGUUUUCUCCCCAAAUGAAACCUCCAGUGUGCUUGUCCAGUCCUGUUCAGCCUGGAAUCCUAAUUCACGAGGCUAAAAUUAGUAACUAAAGUAAGGAAUAAUGCAUGGCUGGCUAGUUUGCUGCAUUAAUACAAACUAAGUGAAACAAAGCAGCUUAUAAAUUUCUGUGGAGGAGACAACUGUGUAGACAGACUCCACAUCUUCAUCUCAUAAAGUUUCCAAUAUAGCACAUCACAUUUGCAAUCUUUAAGAAAAGUCACGCAGUUGUUGCCAAUUGUUUUGGUUACAAGCUGAGGUGUUCACUCUUUACAUCACAAAUAAAGAUUCAAGUCUGGCUAACAUCUUUAUUUUCUUUUGAUAUGUUUAUAUUUCCAAGCAACUGAAUGUUACUUAUGCUAAUCAACCUAGUACAAGUUGUUCUACAAUCAUACAGAUCCCUAGUUGGUCUGUGUAGUGCAGCAGGCGGUGAGAUUUGGAAGUAUGUGGUACAGCCACAACAUGCACUGGACUACUGUGAACUACAUUAUGUUUUACCAUAUGUACUAAAUGAAUUUUUUGUUUUGCAGUCAUCAGUAGAAAGGAACGUUUAUCUUCUUUCUCUCAUUGUUGAACUUGUACGAAAUCUGGGCUACUGAUUUGUCCACCCCUGCUGAGUAUGUAAUCUUAGAGUGUUUCCAAUACACAAUCUUUCCAAACAAUGUUUAGUGUAGGCUCUAACAAAAAGAGAUGUAACAUUAAAGCUUCUUCAGUAUUGUUCAAAUAUUAUGAGUGAAAUCUGUCUCACAGAAUGCACAGAAUGCAAGUUUGGCAUACUGCUGAUGGAAAUAAAAUUUAUCAGAGCAACUGAAUUUUUUUUGCAAUUAGAAGUCCUUGCAACCCAUUGAAACUUCAUGGUUAGAUAUGGCCACAUGUUAUUCCUGUAGAAAUUAUUAUUGUAAAAAAUAAUAAAAACAGAUAACCCAAAUAAUCCUGUUUGUACAAUUAACCCUAUUUUAAGAAUUAAAUUUUUAAUGUAAGACAACAGCUAUCUCCCUUCUUUCUGUGUGAAUAAAAAUUCAUUCUUCUUAAUCAGACUGCUGUAUUAUUUUAGCAUAGAUUUACAGGUCAUAGAAGGCCUUUUAUGUAAAAGAGAGCACUAUUUACAACUAUUUCAACUGGUAAAGCAGGAAUGCAGACCUAACACCACUGAACCUAUGAACCUAAGCUAAGACAACAAAAAGAUCCUCCAGCAUAUUAAUGCCAUCAACUACAUGCACAGACAGCAGGGAGGUCAGUGUGCAGGACACUGAGCUCAGAACUUCAGAAUAUUUAAAUAUGUGGUGGUAUGUUUCCCAGAAUAACGUCAUAAACUUUUACAGUCCAGUCAAAGCCUUGCUCUGAGCAUCUCUGUCAUUAAUUCCAUAUGGAUUCUUCCAAAGUGAAGAAUGCACAGUUUCGUCAUACUGUAUCUGUCUUCCACUGUUAAACAUGUUGUGCUCUAGAUGGCAGCAGUGGCCUUCUGGCACUGCACUAUACACUCAACUACUUAAACAAGAAUAUAACAAGGAUGGAGUUAUAUGCACUUGAUGACAGCUUUGAUACUCUGUUAGUACUAGAC